AUGUCUGACACUGCCAUCACCGCAAAUCUCUCGCCUUCUGAAAUUCAGAAGGCGGUCGUCGAGGCCUCUAAUGUUCGAAUUCGGGCCACGGCUACCGACACUUCUGCUAAAUUUGUAGCCUCGAUCAAGGGUUCUGCUAUGUUUCAAAACAACUGGGAUGAACUUCUCAGUGCUGCUCCGAUGUCAAUCUCUCUUCUCGGAUCUUGCCUCAUUGCUGCAAGCUCAUCUACUUCAACCACUGUCACACUAACCCCACCAAGGGGUGGAUUCCAAUUUCUAAGCUACAAGCAGCUGCGGCCUAACAUGAUCCAAAUCGUGGAUACUGGCAGAGAAUGCUUCAGAAUUGCCGAUUCUAACAUGGAUUUCAUUGCACAGGCUUCGAACAAGAUGUAUGACACGCUUGAUGAUGUCGUUAAUGAUCUAAGCGGUACUCCACAAGAUGCCAAAGAUGGCCUUGACAUUCACAUGGACAUUCUCAAGAAAGGUGCACUUGAAUGUAAGGAAAAGGCUGUAAAUAUCGAUACCGCCUUCGGCGACUGGCUAAAGUAUGUCAACGAGCUACAUCAGGUCUCUGAGGAAACCAUGGGCGAUAACGACUCCAAGAAAGCAGCCAACGACAUCAACCUCAAAGUUCAAGAUAUUUUGCUCGACAAGACUUCAAUUGCUGAGCAAACCUCCAAAAAAGCGGUUGAGUCUUUAGGUGAGAACCUUAAGGUAACAAGAGAAGCCUUCAAGAAGGCAUCGGAUAAUUACCCCAGUGGAUGGGAUCUCGUAGGAAUGGACCUUGUCUCUGGACUUGGCAACUGUGUGAUCAGCGCUGCUAAUGGUGUAGUACAAAAGCUUACUGGGGGAGGUUCUCAACAGCAGCAGCAGAACGGCAAAAAAGCUGGCGGCAACCAGUCCUCAAACCAAAAGGCACCGCUCCCCAAGUACUGGGACGACCCAGCAUACACUCAGAUCCUCGCUUUCUCCGACCCCAUCAGCACCCUCCGAGCAAUCGUUGUCGGAGGCGCAGAUGGGGGAGUAGAUUGGGAAGGGGCGACAGGAAAAUCCGCGAGUGGCACUCUUGUUUUUGUAAAGACCAUGCUCGCCACGGCUAAGAGCAGUUUCACCUCUACUGGCAACCCACCCAGUGUUGACUAUCAGACUUUGCUCGAUGACAGUCUUGCUCUCGUCACAGCCUUGAUGGCCGUGACUGACAAGAAGACAGCUGUCGGCUGGAAAGCUCCAGAUCCGAAGAGCGACCAGGUCAAGCAAUGGCAGGCCAAAGUUACUGAGAUCUACAGCAAGGCUUCUGCCCUCAGCGCUACAGCUAAGACCAUGCCUGGUGUCGGUGGUAAUCCAGCACCACUUCUCAACCAAGGUAAUCAGAGUGGCAACAUGCCAAGUGGGGGUUCUCUGGCUGAGAAAGCCCUCAGCAGUGCUGCUACCAAUCUGAAGGAGACGCAAGCCGCUAUGGUCUCGACACAAGACACGUAUCUCAAGUCGACUGAGAACUUGGCCAAGAUUCAGGCCAGCCUUGCUGAUAUCAAAGGACAGCUUGAGAAACUCAAGGCAGACAGUAUCACACUUGAGCAGAUCCGCGCUAUUCUCAUCAAGUGCAUCGAUGUCAUUUGUGAUCUCAAGGUCCAAAUCGGCAAGCUCGUGCAGUUCUUUGAUGCUCUUGCUACCAUGGUAACUUUUGCAACUGACUACCACGUCACUCCUUUCCUCGUUUACCUUGACAAGAUCAUUGCUGGUCUUCCACAAGGCCCAGGUAUCAAUGGCUUCACUUUUACUGAUCUCCAACGCCAGAAUAUCUUCAGCAUGACUCUGUUUAUCCGAGGAUAUUACAGCAUCUUUAACUCUAUUGCCUUGAUGUAUGGCAAGAUUUCCAAACAAUGGAUCAUGCCAGGUAUGGCUAAAGUUCUCGAGCUUAGCAAGCAGACAGACGAUCAAGACAAGCUCGAGAAGAAACGUCGAGAUUUGAAUGCCUUCACCACCAAUGCACAACAAGCAAUCCACACCGAGGUCACUUUGGCUCAACAGAAGAUGCUUGCAGGUAUGGAACAGCGUGUUAAGGCCAUUGCCAAUGAGACGAAGCUGCUUCCUCCCCCUCCACCAGCCAUCACGAAGGCUAUUGAGCAGGGUUCCAACGUCGUCGCUGAUGCGGCACAAAAGAGUAUCGAGGCGUACAAGCCAUCUAGUGCUAGCCAGUUGAAACUUCCUCGUGACGACUGA